AUGACGAACACCGUCUACGUGAUCACCGGCACCAACAAGGGCAUCGGCCUGGGCAUGGUGAAGGCCCUGAUCGCUCGCCCUUCCACAACCGUCGUCGCUUCAGUGCGCAGUGAAGCUGCCGCCGCCUCUCUGAAAUCGGGCGUUGCCGAAGUCACCAAAGGCUCUGGUAGCGAGUUGCAUGUCAUGCUGCUCGACCUCUCCUCGGCGCCGUCUCCUGCCGCUGUGCGUGAAGCUUUCACAGUAGCUACCGCUGGCACCGUGGAUCGCAUCGACAUUUUGGUCAGCAACGCAGCUGCUCCUUUCCCCAUGCUUCCUAUAUCUACAACCCCAGCCGAGGACUUCCGCAAAGCAUUCGAGAUCAACACUAUUGCUCCGUUGAUGGUGUUCCAAGGUCUCUGGCCACUGAUGGACAAGCCCCGCACCGAGACCGAUGUCCCCGCCAAGUUCAUCGGUGUCACCUCCUCUGUCGGAUCCAUUGAAACGCAAGAGCCGGUCCCCGGGGGUGCUUAUGGCCCCAGCAAAGCAGCUUUGAAUCACAUCACCAAGUCGCUGCACGCCCAACACAAGAAUCUGGUCGCUGUCGCCCUUCAUCCUGGGUGGGUCCAGACAGACAUGGGCAAUUAUGCAGCGAACGCAUGGAAUUACGCUGCCGGACCCCCGGACACAAUCGACAGCAGUGUCAGUGGCUGUCUCCAAGUCAUUGACGGAGCGAGCCGAGAGACUACGUCGGGGAAGUUCGUCACCCAGACUGGCCAGGUUGUCCCUUGGUAG